UUUUCAGGGAGCUUUGAAAUUUUCUUUGAAAACAGUAUUAUAUAAAAUAAUAUAUAAUUUUUUCAAAGAUGAUGAUAUUGCAUCCACGAGCGCUGCAGCAGUAAUGUGUCGUGAUGCUACUACAAUACAGCAGUGGAAUGUAGUGAAAAUGGUGAAAUACUUGGGCUCACAUGAAUUAUGUGUAGCAUUUGCUGAGGUAUACGGCCUGUUGCCAAAAAGUCGGCUUUCUGCCAUUCACAAAACGCAAAUGGCAUUGCACAAACGCCCUCCAUUAGGGUACUUCAAAUGCUCUAGGGGCAAUUGUAGGUCGAAGUCCCUUAUUUCAAGGGCAGCGGGCACGUGGUUUGAAGGCGUCAAACUAAGCUUUCCCCAGGUGUUUUACCUGAUGUAUUGUUUUGCCCACCGAUUUACGCGGGAAGAUAUUUAUAGGGAGGACUAUGCGAGCGUUGAAAAGAAAUUCUCAUCUGCCACUAUCUCCGACUGGUAUAGCUACUGCAGGGAAGCAGUAGUUAUAUUUCAGUUAGACCACCAAGAAUUCAAAGGGAAGAUUGGUGGUCCAGGAAAGGUAGUGCAGAUUGACGAAAGUAAAUUCGGAAAACGCAAAUACAACAAAGGAAGACGCGUAGAAGGGCAUUGGGUCCUGGGUAUGAUAGAGGAUGGCAGUGAGGACCUCAGACUGGAGGUAUGCCCGGACAACGUACGUUCCGCUGAGGUCCUCAUCCCUCUUAUUCGCAAAAAUGUUCGAGAAGGAACAACUAUAAAAACAGACUUUUGGCGGGCAUACGAAUGCCUCCCUGAAUAUGGUUACAUCCAUAAAAAGGUUAACCAUAGUGACCCUGCCAAUCCCUUUAUCGCCGAGGAUGGCACAAACACACAAAGAAUUGAGUCUCAUUGGCGUGUGGUAAAGAGAUUUUUUUACAAAGACAACUACAAUAAUCCGGCAAACUUUGCUGAUGUUAUAGUAGAGUUUUUAUGGAGGCGGGAAAUGCAAAAAAAAAAUGCAGAUCCAUUUAAUGCUUUACUGGCUGUUAUUAAAUACGUGUAUAACACGAAAUAAAAAAACUAAAACAUACAAAUGAAAACACAAUUUUAUUAUUUAGAGGGUCUUGUUUAAAUGGUUGGUUGGGUUAUCUUGGUACUUCAACUACUUGUAUGCAUUAUUACUGAUACA